AUGGCCAUGGCUCUCCCCCCCGACGACAACGCCAACACCUCCGUCUCCCCAACCCAGAACGAACACUCCACUCAACGACAACCACAAGCCACACAGGAUCAGCAGCAGCCCAAUCAGCCAGCUGCCCCCACAGCCACCAACACCGCCCAGCAGAUCAAACGUAAACCCAGCAGAAGGGCAAACACCGCUGAACGACGGGCUACUCACAAUGCCGUCGAGCGGCAGCGCAGGGAAACACUCAAUGGUCGAUUCCUCGAUCUAGCCGCACUCCUCCCAAAUCUUUCCCAAAUCAGGCGUCCCUCUAAAUCCUCCAUCGUCAACUCUUCCAUAGCGCAUAUAAAUGCAUCACGCAGGCACCGCCUCCUCGCCGCUCGUGAACUCCGCCUUGUUAAACUUGAAUCUGAUGCCCUCCGGCGGGAACUCAAUGAGUGGCGCGACCGCGCCGCACUUCCGCGGAUUGAGGAGCCUAUGCGCUCGGACGGGUUCUCCAUGAUCCUGUCAGGCGAGUUAGAGGUCAUUGCAGCUGUCCCUGGUGAUGGGGACGAAGAAGACGGGUAUGAUGGGGAAGGAGGGAAUGACGGUGGCUAUGGAGGCGCAUAUAUGGAUGAUAUUGAGGAAGAGGGACCGUACUCGACUGUUCCAACUCAGCACCCGAACGCGCAGAUGCAUUUGGAGGAGAUGGAUGACCCACGGGUAGCUGCGAUGCUCAAGAACAGCAACCCAUUUGCGCACAACAUUCCUCCUCCCAGUUCAGCAACUGGAGGGGGAUUACCGCAUAUCCUUCCUAGACCCAGCAUGGUCGCCUCAUACGACAACUCUAUCGCAGCCCUCUAUGAACAGGCCCAGCACCACGCAAACCACCACCCCCACCAAGGACAUAACCAACACCACGCAUAUACCAGCCAAGGCACCUUUUUCCACGACCACCAAGAGAAAAUGCACUGGAACAACAUGUACACUUCGCACCACCAGCAACAAAUGAUGCACCACCAACAACAACAACAAAUGAUCCAGGCUCAAUGGAGCUUGUACACGCCGCCUGCCACUUCACACGGGCUGCCACCCAACUCCAACUCCCAUCCCACGAAUGGAGCGGGGAGUCACUCAAAUCAUAGCUCGCCAUCUCCCCCGCACUCGGCUUCGGGCUCGGGGUCACCGCCCCACCAUUCCACCUCUUCGUCAUCCAUGGUAUCUUCUUCCGCAGCGUUCGCCCCUGAUGGCGGGUACGCUUUCAGCGGCACUUCGCAGCCUGUACCUAUGCGCCGGCGUCGGUCUGCGUCCUCUGCCGCUUCUGGGUCAGGAUACGUUGGCUCUCCUACUGGAUAUGGUGGCUCAUACGGUUCUCCGGCGUACGCGGCUUCUCCUUCUGGGUAUGGAGGUUCCUAUACGGGUUCUCCGCCCGGUAAUGGGAAUAACGCAGGAAAUGGAGGGGAUAGCCCUGCGUAUGAACUGGCGAUUGGGCAGGGGGAGUAUGGGUUCUUUGGCAUCAUACCCAGUCUGAUAUCCCUCCCUACUCCUCCCUGCUUGUUCUACUAUGUCUCCCUCCGAUACUCCGUCCUGUGGACCUCCCUCCGAUUUCUGGUGGCUGAUCACCAAAUCCCCCUCCCCAUUCCUUUGGCACGUCGUCUCGUGGGUUUCCUCCCAACCAACUCCCUCCAUCCAUCGGCUACUACCAGCUUUCUUAAUCCCGCCCCUCGCCUCCUACGUAAUUCCCAUCGUCAUUGCUCUAUCUACACUCACGUCGCGUCAUGCCCCUUACCCCCUCGCUGCCUCUUGAAGGCCGCUCCGCACUUUGUAGCGAAAACUCCAGCCAGCUAUUCAUUCGAUUCAUCAAGCUUCAAGGCUUGCUCAGCCGAAAAUUCUCUAUCCCCGCUACCGUCUACGUACUCAAUGUAGCCAAUCGAUUAUCAAACAAUCACUCUCGUUUUACCCCCCCCCCCCUUUUUUUUCCACCUUUUUCACCACCACCCCGCCCUCUCCUUUUUUUGUUGCGCUACAUACUGUUUGAGAACAGGUUCAAAAGGUUAUAUUAUUUGUAUCUUCCCCCUCCCCUUCUUACCCUCCUUUACAACAAAUAGCACCGAGCAUACGUCGUGAAUAGUGAAAGUGAAAAAAGGGUGGCGAUGGGAUGUUUUGUGUAUGUAGGCAUAGAUAAUUUGGUGGUGCAGGAAUGUUACAUAGAAGUCUUUGAAUAUUACUUAGACGUCUUCUU